AUCCGUGCUGCCCUGCAAAAGGAGACCUGAGCGACGAGGACGAUGACAACGAGUUCUUCGAUGCCCCAGAGAUCAUCACGAUGCCGGAGAGCAUGGGCCACAAGCGCACCGGCAGCAACAUCAGUGGCACCAGCAGCGACAUCAGCCUGGAUGAGCAGUACAAGCACCAGGUGGAGGACACCAAGAAGGAGAAGAGAACUCGCAUCCCCUACAAACCCAACUACAGCCUCAACCUCUGGAGCAUCAUGAAGAACUGUUUUUUACCUCUCGUUCCCUUCCAGGUGAACUUCAACGAGCCCCUGUCCAUGCUGCAGCGCCUGACGGAGGAUCUGGAAUACCACGAGCUGCUGGACCGGGCGGCCAAGUGCGAGAGUUCCCUGGAGCAGCUGUGUUACGUGGCCGCCUUCACCGUCUCCUCCUACUCCACCACCGUUUUCCGCACCAGCAAACCUUUCAACCCCCUCCUGGGGGAAACUUUUGAGCUGGAUCGUCUGGAGGAGAAUGGUUACCGCUCCCUCUGCGAGCAGGUGAGCCACCAUCCGCCGGCUGCCGCCCACCACGCCGAGUCCAAGCACGGUUGGACGCUUCGCCAGGAAAUCAAAAUCACCAGCAAAUUUCGGGGAAAAUAUCUUUCCAUCAUGCCUCUGGGUACCAUCCACUGCAUCUUCCACUCUUCCGGCAACCACUACACGUGGAAAAAAGUCACCACCACCGUGCACAACAUCAUCGUGGGCAAGCUCUGGAUAGACCAGUCGGGUGAAAUCGAGAUCGUCAACCACAAGACGGGUGACAAGUGCGUCCUCAAGUUCGUCCCCUACAGCUACUUCUCGCGGGACGUAGCGAGGAAGGUCACCGGGGAGGUGACAGACCCCACGGGGAAGAUGCAUUUUGCCCUGUUGGGCACCUGGGAUGAGAAGAUGGACUGCUACAAGGUGACGAUGGGCGCUGGGGACAACGGGACGGAGGGACGGCAGAGACCCCACGAGGCCGAGGACAGCCGGAUGCUGCUGUGG